CCUCCUGGGCGCAGGACGCACCGAGGACGCGCGUAAAGGCGAACGAUCUGCUCCAUUCUCACGUUCAAUUAUCUCAGCGAUACAACGUUUGACAACUUCAGGGUGAAACGAAGAAGAAGUUUGAUCUUCCUCUUAUUGUAUGAGUCCGUUUGCAUGAGAAGUUUGAACAUCGGGCACCGCGCGCUUGUCCUUUCUCUCCAGCGAACCAUGAUGCGCGGAUGUCACAGGAGUGUGCGCUCCACGCUUUGGAUCCAUAAUGUGAGGAUUUGUGUCGGGAUAAACGAGGACGCUGCGUAAAAGGGAAAAAAAACAAAACAAUACUCUCCAGUGAGACCAGUGAAGUUCUGUUCAAUCCCCCUGCAGAGUGUGGAAUCAUGGGGCCGACAUGUGUCCUGCUUCUCCUGGCUGUUCUGGCCAUCAAGGCCAGGUUCAGUGCCUAUAAGAGUUCAGGAGAAGACCUUGWGAGGACAACAGCUCCAAAACYWGACCACAGAUCCACAAAUCUUUGAUACACGAGACCGUCAGAAGACAGAAUAUACUUCAGUACACCAACACUGUUCCUGUAUUUAGCAAACAUGCCGAAGAACAAGUCAAAAAGGGUGCCAGACUCYGAGAAAUUGUUUGAGGACCUCCUUGAAGCGAAACAGAAGUUGGACUCUGAGAAUUUGAAUCUGGCUCAUGAAAAUGCCAGUUUAAGGAUGGCCAUGUCMUGCAAAGAAGCUACAUGGCGGAAGGAAAAGGAGAGCAUGCAGAAUGCUGACUUUGAAAGACUCAAGGAGGAACUAGAGCUUGAUCUCAAGGAUGCCAAGAAGGAGUUGAGGAUCCAAGAGAAGGAGUACAGGUCUUUGAGUCAKCGUAACCAAAGCCAGCAGGCAGAGAUCCACAAGAUCAGACAUGACCUGAAGCAAAGGUGCAACCAGGUGAAUGAGCUGGAGUACUCGAUAAAACAGAGGGAACAGGUCAUCGACAGGACUCUGCAUGAGAAACAGGCACUGGACAAACAAAUUGAUGAGCUCACAACCAAGCUUAAAGCUAUGGGGACAAAAGUUCCCCAGAACGAGCCUGACUGGCGCUCAGAAAUCAAGGGUCUAAAGGACGAGCUCAGCCGUGAGCAGGCGGAGAAGAAGGAUGGGUUAAUGAAAAUCCAGGCUCUGAAGGACGAGCUCAGCCGUGAGCAGGCGGAGAAGAAGGCUGGCUUCAUUAACAUCAACGCUCUGAAGGACGAGCUCAGCCGUGAGCAGGCGGAGAAGAAGGCUGGCUCCAAUAAAAUCAAGGAGCUGGAGAGAAUGCUCAAGGUCACAGAAGAGACGUGGGUGACCAAGCAUGAGGCUAAAAUUCUCCAUAUGGAUCAGAUGAUCGCCAGUCUCACCAGUCAGAAUAUAGCACUGGAAGCCAGAAACCAGAAACUAAUCWCCAUGCAGCAAGCCACCGAGAUAAGGAUCCUCCAGAACAAGAAUGAGUGGGAGACAAAAGUUCACGCUCUGGAGGACCAUCUCAGUUGUGAGCAGGUGGAGAAGGAGGCUGGCUUAGUAAAAAUCAAGGAGCUGGAGAGACUGGUCAGCGACACUGAGCAGAUGUGGGCGGCCAAGUACGAGGCCGACAUAAAGAUGCUCAUCCUGAAACAGAUCAAGCUUCAGGAACUGGCCUUGAUGAGCGACAAGGACAAGGCAACGAAAGUAAAGGAGCAAAAGAAAGCAAAAAAAGAGGCAGAGAAGAGGCGAAAGAAGGAGCUGAAAGAGAAGAAGAAGCAAGAGAAGAGAUAAACACUAGACAGAGAGAAGGAGGAGAAGAG